UUAUAGUGAACGGGCGUAUAUAUCAUACUAAAAAUAAUAAAAGGAGCUUUUUCGGAGUUAAAAAGUGUCCUAAUAGUUCUUCAUCAAUAAUCGUUCAUCAGUUAAUACAAAAAAAAGGUUUUGUGAAUGAAAACAACUUGCUAUUGCUUUGCUCGUGCCAUCACAGUAUUAUUUGAUUAAAUUUACAAUUGAAACUAUUUAAAAUCGAGGACAUUUGCGCAAAAAAAGACAUUUAGAAAGCUGAAAAUGAUAAUCAAAUUAACGGUGUCGUUAGUGUUGAUUUUUGAACUGAUUAACAUUUCAAUAUCUACUAAUGUGCAUCAAUCAGUUCAAACUAAAGGAAAUAAUCAUCAAGUACGAGGACAGCUUAAAAGGAGAUUACUGCCAGAUGUAACAUAUCUUUUAAAAGUUAGUAAUAAUGGAAAUCAACAAAAAUUCCUUCGUUUGAUGAAUAUGAUUGAGGUCGAUGACUCCACAAAAGUCGAUGACACACCUUUCACAAUAAUAAUUCCUCAUUUUGAUGAUACAACUUUAAAAGAGAACAAAACAGCGUUGACCGAAUUCAUUUAUGAACAUGUUAUUCCUGGAGUUCAAGUGAAAACAUUAGAAACCGGAGAUAGUUAUGAAAAUUUAAACAACAAAACCAUAACCAUCAGACACUUAUUCUCGGGAAAAUGGACCGUGAAUGAUGAAAACGUACUUAGAUUCAAUAGUAUGUCGGCAAAAUUAAUCUCAUUUAUUGAAAUUGACGGCAAUUUAACUAACCACAACAGUGAUAUUGAACAACCUAGAAGUCAACAAUAUAAUCAAUACAAUACACCAGAAAAACUUGUUCAACCUCAUGUUAAUAAAUCAGAUUCAUCGACAAGAGAAGCGAAUGCAAAUUACUUGCAUAAAUAUUUGUCCAACAUGGAAUCACGCACAAGAAUUUUUCAACAUUUUCUCUCCAACAGUAAUUUGUCAAAGAUUUUUGAUGAUACAGCAUUUUCUUAUAUCAUUUUCAUUCCAUCUGACAAUGCAUUUCAAAGAUGGCAUCCAAUUGACUGGGGUUUUUAUCCAUUCAGUGUUCCCGAAUUCACAGAAAAGAUUUUAAGCAAUCACAUCGUUGAACAGAAGCAGCCAGUGAAGGUUCAAGAAAAAGAUCAAAAACUGAGAACACUUGGUGGAGAAUAUCUGACUUUUAAGAGUGAACCAAAUCCAUGUGUCAACAAUAUUUCUGUAAUUUCAAAUGCAACACUUCCAAAUGGAAAUCAAAUUUUCAUCAUUUCCGAAGUUCUCUUCAUGUCAGAUUCAAUUGUUUCAAAGCUUCAUCAACAAAAUAAAGACAAAGAGACUCCACCGUUAUUGGCUUUUCCUUGGUUUGGAUCGCAAUUUUUAUCGCAUUCUUUCUUGACUCUUGAACGUGACAGUCGAUUUACACAAAUCACAAGAUUGUUAAGUAGUACAGAAAUUGCUCCAUCAAUCGUUGCAUCUAAUUACACAUUUUUCGUUCCAUUCGACGAUGCUUUUGAGAAAUAUGGAUUCGAUCUUUUACCCGACGAGGUUUUGAGUUCUGAAAAGGGAGUUAAGUUGGUUUUGAAUCAUUUUGUGAAGGGACGGCUGUAUGAUCGAGACUUGACUGAUAAAAAGGUUCUUAAAACAGUUGGUGGAGAUACUUUGAAUAUAACAAGAGAUGCAAAUGGAACUGUUACAGUUAAUGACGCAAAAAUAAUUGAAUCGGAAGUAUUUGUGUAUAACUUGGGCACAAUGUUCUAUAUCGACGAUGUUCUUUAUCCAAAUUUACUCAAGAAGGAGCUAAAUGAAUUGCAACAUACCACAACGAGUGACAAAAACAGUGACAAUGCAAGCGUAGAAGAUUUUUUUACGACUGAAAUUUCAAUCAGUGAAAGUCGUGAAAAAUCUUCAACAACAUCAAAGCAUGAAGAAUUCUCUACAUCAUCACAUAGAGAAGAAAUGUCGCCGCCACAACGUCGAACGAUGCUUUCUGCUUUAUUAGUCACAGAACCAGAAGCAGAAUACAUUUCAAGAACGAUUUCACGCUCAGCUGAAGAAUUUAUUGAAGGAGCUGAUGAAAGCCAAGAGAUGCGCCAUGAGAUGCGAAGACCGAUGAGAUUGAGAGCGCCUUGCAACACACCUAAAUAAAUUUAGAUGAAAUAAGAUAAAAGAUAUUCUUCCUUUCUUUCAAAUUUGAUGAUAAUCUCUUAAAAAAUAUCUCAUAAAAUUUUAAUCUUUUCAAACUUUCACUUUUUCUAUCGCCUUCUUUAUAAUUUUGUAAGAAAUACUCGAUUAACUUCAUUUUUCCUUUAAACUUUUUUUAUAUUUCUUAUUGUAAAAUUGUUAUUUGGAACAAACAACUCAAUAGUUUUAUUUUAUGUUUAUAUUGGCAAUUCAUACAAUUUAGAAUAAAUAAAUAAUUGGAACAUAUCAUUUGAAUAUCUAAAACAUUAAAUUUCUUUUUAUUAUACUUUAUGAUUUAUUUCACAUUUAUUCAAUAAAUUAUUCUUUACUGUUCCUAAUUCCUUUUAUUUCGCUUAUUAUUAUCGCUUAUUAUUGAUCA